AUGGUGGCCGAGACGCUGACGCACGUCGAUGGAAACUCGCUGGCUGGCACACCGAUUACUUGGGAAAUGCUUGAGCAAGACAUCCAGCAUCGCUACAAAACGACAGCUGUGACUGGCAAGAAGCGCAGCGCCAAGUUGAUGGCCGACGGAAAUGGCUUUGUCUCGUUCAUCGUGCUCGUGGAGUUUGAUUGGCUGGGCGGUACGGAUGAGCUUCCGGAUAAAGCUGUUGUCAAGAUCACCUCCUGCGAGAAACUGGAGAAGCUCUCCCACGAGAUCAGCAGCUUCCCCCAGGAGGCCGAGGUCAUCUGGCAGAAUUGCAAGGCGGCAAACGACAACGAGCUGGAUUUCUACCAGCUUUGGGCGCACAACCUCCCGGCCGGCCUGAAAAUACCGAAAUUCUACUGUGGACGUCAUUUUGGGGAAGAUGGUGUGGAUGCUGGGUAUUUCGCCAUCGAGCAUUUCGACAAGGUGGAAUCCCGCCAUUUCUACCAUAACGUCCAGGAGUCGGCGGUGUUGGAGAUUUUGGACCAACUGGCGCUGGUCAACGCGCAGUCCCUGCUGCAUCCGGAACAGUUUGCGGCGUUCGACAACGAGAAUGCGGACCAUCUGCACCGGAUGUUUGCUUCGUAUGAGGCAGUCACAAAAGCUCUCGAUGAAGCUGAAGAAAAGAACCCAAACCUCCUCGACAAACUUCACACGCUCCGAACCCAGACAAAAUACUUCGAAACCCUGGAAACAUUUCAAGGGCGUCUAUCGGAAUGCUGCAACGGCACAAAAAUCUUUUGCCACGGCGACAUGUGGCUGGGGAAUAUGUUGUGGAGGAAGGACGCGGAGACUCAAGAUUAUUACAUGCUCGUCAUCAUCGACUGGCAGCUUUGCAAUAUGGGCAAUCCGAUGGAGGACCUUGUGCGCCUAUUGACGGCCGUGAUUUCGGGCCAGGAAUAUCAGCGGAGAAAAACCUUCUACCUCUCCUAUUACUACGACGCGCUGAAGAAACUUGCAGACAACGUCGCACUACCCUGGACGAGUUAUGAAGAUUUCGAAAAGAAGUAUGAGAUGGUGUUCGUCCUGAUCUCCGCCAUGUUCCAGCCGAUGAUUAUGAACUUUGGGCCGACGUUGUUGAAGACGGUCAAGGACGAAAGCCAACUCGAAAUCUGCACCGAGAACUACAUGGACAAAGCGAAUAAUAUGCUGGAUGAGGCGGUGCACUUGAUUAAGAAAUGGAACCUG